AUGAGAGGCAGGCGCUACAUUUCACCGUGGUGGGAGGGAGUGUGUUUGGGAAAGAGAACCCUGCACUUCUCACCAGCAGCAGCAGCAGCAGCAGCAGCAGCAGCAGCAGCAGCAGCAGCAGCAGCAGCAGCAGCAGCAGCAGCAGCAGCAGCACUGCUCCCUUGCACUCUGAAUGCAAGCCACCAUCAACGUUCAGUGUUGAAGAUACGCGUGUGGAUGUCGCACAUGCGCAUGGCAAUGGUGGAUGCAAAGAGAAACCUACAGUUUGCACCAACGACAGCAGCAGCACACUUACGCGUGUCAAUGCUGAAUGCAAGGAGAAACCCGCAGUGCUCCUGCUGCAUGGCUUUGGCGCAGCCUCCUCCUUUUGGACUGACACCGCCGUGCCGUUUCUUCCCAGAAGCUUCCUGGAGGGCAGGAGGGUGGUGGCGGUUGACCUGCUGGGGUGGGGCAAGAGCCCCAAGCCGAGGGACUGUGACUAUAGCGUUGAGGAGCACGUCAGCAAAUGUAGAGGUAUUCCUCCCCAUACUGAAGUUGGUGGCGGUGGACCUGCUGGGGUGGGGCAAGAGCCCCAAGCCGAGGGACUGUGACUACAGCAUUGAAGAGCACGUCAGCUGGAUAGAGCGCACGUCUCUACCAUACGCCUCCCUUCCCCCUUUUCUCUUUCACCCAUACGCAUCCCCUCCCCCUUUUCUCUUUCACCCAUAUGCAUCCCCUCCCCCUUUUCUCUUUCACCCGUACGCAUCCCCUCCCCCAUUUCUAUUUCACCCAUACGCAUCCCCUCCCCCAUUUCUCUUUCACCCAUACGCAUCCCCUCCCCCUUUUCUCUUUCACCCAUACGCAUCCCCUCCCCCUUUUCUCUUUCACCCAUACGCAUCCCCUCCCCCUUUUCUCUUUCACCCAUACGCAUCCCCUCCCCCUUUUCUCUUUCACCCAUACGCAUCCCCUCCCCCUUUUCUCUUUCACCCGUACGCAUCCCCUCCCCCAUUUCUCUUUCACCCAUACGCAUCCCCUCCCCCAUUUCUCUUUCACCCAUACGCAUCCCCUCCCCCUUUUCUCUUUCACCCAUACGCAUCCCCUCCCCCUUUUCUCUUUCACCCAUACGCAUCCCCUCCCCCAUUUCUCUUUCACCCAUACCCAUCCCCUCCCCCUUUUCUCUUUCACCCAUACGCAUCCCCUCCCCCAUUUCUCUUUCACCCAUACGCAUCCCCUCCCCCUUUUCUCUUUCACCCAUACGCAUCCCCUCCCCCUUCUCUUUCACCCAUACGCAUCCCCUCCCCUUUUUCUCUUUCACCCAUACGCAUCCCCUCCCCCUUUUCUCUUUCACCCAUACGCAUCCCCUCCCCCUUUUCUCUUUCACCCGUACGCAUCCCCUCCCCCAUUUCUCUUUCACCCAUACGCAUCCCCUCCCCCAUUUCUCUUUCACCCAUACGCAUCCCCUCCCCCUUUUCUCUUUCACCCAUACGCAUCCCCUCCCCCUUUUCUCUUUCACCCAUACGCAUCCCCUCCCCCAUUUCUCUUUCACCCAUACGCAUCCCCUCCCCCUUUUCUCUUUCACCCAUACGCAUCCCCUCCCCCUUUUCUCUUUCACCCAUACGUAUCCCCUCCCCCUUUUCUCUUUCACCCAUACGCAUCCCCUCCCCCUUUUCUCUUUCACCCAUACGCAUCCCCUCCCCCUUUUCUCUUUCACCCAUACGCAUCCCCUCCCCCUUUUCUCUUUCACCCAUACGCAUCCCCUCCCCCAUUUCUCUUUCACCCAUACGCAUCCCCUCCCCCAUUUCUCUUUCACCCAUACGCAUCCCCUCCCCCUAUUCUCUUUCACCCAUACGCAUCCCCUCCCCCUUUUCUCUUUCACCCAUACGCAUCCCCUCCCCCUUUUCUCUUUCACCCAUACGCAUCCCCUCCCCCUUUUCUCUUUCACCCGUACGCAUCCCCUCCCCCAUUUCUCUUUCACCCAUACGCAUCCCCUCCCCCAUUUCUCUUUCACCCAUACGCAUCCCCUCCCCCUUUUCUCUUUCACCCAUACGCAUCCCCUCCCCCUUUUCUCUUUCACCCAUACGCAUCCCCUCCCCCAUUUCUCUUUCACCCAUACCCAUCCCCUCCCCCUUUUCUCUUUCACCCAUACGCAUCCCCUCCCCCUUUUCUCUUUCACCCAUACGCAUCCCCUCCCCCUUUUCUCUUUCACCCAUACGCAUCCCCUCCCCCUUCUCUUUCACCCAUACGCAUCCCCUCCCCCUUUUCUCUUUCACCCAUACGCAUCGCCUCCCCCUUUUCUCUUUCACCCAUACGCAUCCCCUCCCCCUUUUCUCCUUCACCCAUACGCAUCCCCUCCCCCUUUUCUCUUUCACCCAUACGCAUCCCCUCCCCCUUUUCUCUUUCACCCAUACGCAUCCCCUCCCCCUUUUCUCUUUCACCCAUACGCAUCCCCUCCCCCUUUUCUCUUUCACCCAUACGCAUCCCCUCCCCCUUUUCUCUUUCACCCAUACGCAUCCCCUCCCCCUUUUCUCCUUCACCCAUACGCAUCCCCUCCCCCUUUUCUCUUUCACCCAUACGCAUCCCCUCCCCCUUUUCUCUUUCACCCAUACGCAUCCCCUCCCCCUUUUCUCUUUCACCCAUACGCAUCCCCUCCCCCUUUUCCCUUUCAACCAUACGCAUCCCCUCCCCCUUUUCCCUUUCACCCAUACGCAUCCCCUCCCCCUUUUCCCUUUCACCCAUACGCAUCCCCUCCCCGUUUUCCCUUACCAGAUGGAUAGAGAGCACGGUACUCGCUCCGCUCAACAUCUCCACCUUCCAUGUCGUGGGCCACAGCAUGGGGUGCCUCAUAGCUGCAGUUCUGUCUGCUCCCCCUUCAUCCCCCCUAUUCCCCCACCCCUGUCCUCCUCACAUCGUCAUCCAAGCAGAUGGAUAGAGCGCACGGUGCUUGCUCCGCUCAAAAUCUCCACCUUCCACAUCGUGGGCCACAGCAUGGGAUGCCUCAUAGCAGCAGUUUUGGCUGCUCGCAACCGAGACAGGGUGGUGUCUGUCUGCCUUUACUCGCCUCCGUUCACCCGCCCCUCCCCCUCCGCCUCACGCCCGCAGAGGAGUUCUAUCGCCACCCCAGGCUGCUUCUCACCCGCACUUCUCCUCGGCACCAGCGUCAUGUUGUGGUUCGAGCACGUGGGAGGGAGAGCGGGGGUGCAGGGCCUCACGCCAGCAGAGGAGUUUUACCGUCUCGUCACCCCACGCUGCCUCUCCUCUGCACUGCUCCUGGGCAUCAGCGUCAUGUCGUGGUUCGAGCACGUGGGCCGAGUCAUCUGCGCCUUGCUGGCGCAAUUCCAUUGGCUCUCGGACCCCCUCGCCGCUCUCCUGCUGCCCCGCAUUGGCGCCAAGUGA